AUGAGCAGCAGGCGACAAAGGCCAAUGACGAGGCCAGGGCUCGCCGGCCGCAGAGAGACGCUCUGGACGAACCCGCGCUUAGCGCGUUCUCUGGUUCUUCCGUCCCAGUCUACGUCUUGGCUCUGUUCGUCCGCCUCCUCCUCUCUUGAGAGCGCCUUUGGAAGCUACACGGGGCCGCGCGAUCCGGCUCUCAAGUCGCAGGAUAUAUUUGGUGAAGCGAAACUCAAGCGAAGGAGCCUCUACGAAAUUGCGGAGAAGUUCGACAAAAUCGCCAAAGACGAUUACGACGCAAUUCUGAAGCAAGUGGUGGAGGAAGCGAACCGCGAGAUGCUCGAGAACAAGUUGCAGUGGGACAAGAACGCCCAGAGGAAGAUCGCGGCAGACGCGCGUCAGGGGGGUACAGUCAACGCGGAGACAGAAGCAAACGGAGAAGAUCAAGAGUCGGAGCGAGACGAGCAAGGGCCUCGAAGACCGGGCCGAGAAACGGCCUCGGGUUCCUCAGAGUGGCCGCGGCGUUCCUCACCUGCAGAUGCUCCGGUUUGCGGAGACGUACGGGAAGUGUCUCGAAAUGUGUUUGUCCUUUCUCCCCCCAAGCCAUCCGUCGCUCCACACCGCUUGUCUUCUUCCGCUCCUUCCCCGUCUUCGUCCCUCGACGCGUCUUCCGCUGCUCUCCCUUGUGCUUUUCUGCCUCCUCGGCCGGCUGCCGACGCCUAUCCGCCGGACGCUUUGUCCCGAGAGGACCGACCGGACGCAGAGCGAGAGCGGCGGAAGGCAGGGAAACACUUUGACGGACAGCUCAGAACCGCGCUGUCGGCAGCGGCUGUCCUGUCCUUUGCAGAUCGAGAUCUUGCUUCCUUUCGCCUGCUCGAAAUCGCGAAACUGUUUGGCCGCCUCUGCCAGCUGACGAACGUUCGCGGCGAGGACCUCAAAGACGAUCCGCGGUAUGCGCGCCUCGUGACCGCCCUGGACCUUCGCCUGCAAGAAGAGCUCCAGGAUGUGACCCGGCAGAUCGUUGUUUCGGAACGCAGACAGCGGAAGGGGGCUGACAGACGAGGCGAACAAGGCGUUGCCGCUGAGAACCCGGAGAGCGGCGAGGCCCGAGGCUGGAGGGCCGAGACAGGUGAGGACGGGGAGCGCGGAGAGGAAAACGGCGUACGGGAAGGCGCCCAGGAAGACCGGCGAGAGAGCACAGGCGUAGGAAGAGGCAAGGAUGCAGAACGAGACAGAGUGACGCGGCUACGAUUUGAACUCGGCCCCGCCGACCUCGUGGCGUUAGGGCAGGCCCUGAGACUCUCACAGCUUGCUUUGGAUCUGGACAUGGUCCUUCGCAAUUUGGAACUCCUUGCUCUCCUCCAGCUUCCUUCUUUCUCGCUCAGCCAAAUAUGUCAAUUUGUCGUAGCGCUCGGCCACAUCCGCACCACAAGCGUGCGGCCGCUCUCUCGACCUUUUCUGUCUCGGGUCUCGUCCCACAUCGGCGUCCUCCUCUCUGCUUCCUUGGAGGGCCUUGCGAAGAAAGAGGCCGAAGCCGGGGAAGGCAGACGCCAGGCAGCAGCGGCCAGGCGAACGGCGCGAGAAGCGCGGCGAGCGGAAGCCCCGGAGGACGGAGACGGCGGGGAACCCAACGGAGACUGUGGGGCUUUCGGCAACGAGGGAAGGGUGGGGCGAAGGCAGGAAGGAGGCGCGAGAGCGGGACGGCAAGACGCGACGAGGGGAGACAACAUGGGAAUGGACGACAGCGAAGAGAAAAGGCCGCCUUCCAUGCCGCAUAGGCUGUGUCAAGAACCGCGGAGAGAGACAGGUACUUUGUCGAGUGGGAACGUGGGAAGGGCUCCUGGAGCCGACGUAACACUCUCUCUGGCAUCUGCAGUGAACCACGUGAUGGAUGCUCUGCCUUUCCUCUCCAUUUUCGAGGAAGAGUCGUUUCUCUUUGCUGAGCAUCGCACCCCGUCUCUCUUCACCGAGGCUUUCCGGCGCACCCUUGGCCUGGCGUGGGCCGAGACGGUGUCUCUCGAGGACUCGGAAAGGACGCGAGACUCCCAGCUCGUCCCGGGCCUCAGCCCGCGUCGAGAGAGUCCGGGCCAGAUACCUUUCCAUUCCCUCGCGGACCUAAAUCUGCACGGUGGGAGCCGGCCGCUCGAAUGGAAAACCCAAGAACGAGGCGCGAGCGAGGCGACGAGCAGCCGAGAGAGGGAAGCUAACAAGGAAGGUUUAGAGAGAAUCAACCAAGUGCGGUGUGUGGCCAAAACCGUCAAAUGCGUCUUGAAAACUGGCAACGCCGGCGACCAAACCGUUAUAUCGGCUCUGACCCGCGUUGCUGUUUCGCUGGUGAGCGACAACCGGAGAGACGCAGAAGAGAACCCGGAAGGCGAAAACGAAGAACGCUCCCUGGCGAAUUCGCGCUUGUCGCGUCGACUGGCAAGGGCGCGAGCGCUCCUUGAGGUUGUAUCAGCCCUUUCAGAGGCAGGCGCGCUCAGUCAGGAACUGUGGCGGGCCGUGAGGCGCGACGUGCGCUUGGUCCUCCCCUACCUCUCCCUGUACCAGCUCGACCUCGCUGCUCGGUUGCACUUCCAGACGGUUUCAGACAGGGCCUCUGGGCGCAUGCAGCAUGACGAAGAGAGAAAGGGAUGGCCGGUAGAAACAAGAAGGGAGGCGGAAGUCGACGUGAUGGACGAGGAGCAGACGGAAGUCACAGAACGAGGACGGGAAGAUCGAAAGAAGCGCGAAGAAGCCCAAUUCUUGGAUUCACUUCUUCGAGUGUUUCGAGCACAAACACGUAGCAUGAAUAAUCGAGAGAUUUCAGCAUUUGCCGAUCGCCUCGUCGCCGAGCCCACCUGGCUAAGAACAGCGAAUUCCCCGACUGGUCGAGAUCUCGUUGCCACGGUGUUCUCUGAGAGUCGCGAGCGGUACAUUGACGCGAAGGAGGACACCUAUAACCGGGACGGCCUCUCGCUGAGGCCUCUGAUGAAUCUCGCCCUUUUUGCAGGGGGCUGUGGGGUCGUCUCUCUUCAGGUUAUGUUCGAUUUCCUUCUUCAUAUUCUUCAGAUCCACCGCGCCGAUGUUAAAAUUGCCAUUGACUUUGAUAUCAUGCAAAUCCAAAAUCGCCAGGGAGUCGAGACGCUCUUUUGUUUCAUUUUGGACAAGGCGGAGGAGAUCGUUGAGAAUCUGCGGAAGUCUGCGCCGGAUUUACCUGACGACCUCUACGCCGAGCUACAGAACUUCAGUAUUGCGGUACUAAUCCUCUUAUUUCAGAAUAACGACGCCGUGGCAUAA